GCGCCAGUCACCUACCUUAAACGGUCCGUAUGAGUCAACAUCUCAAGGCAGCAGCCCUUCUCUCACCAAACUGACCCUCCUUCCUUGUCGGCGUGCUCUGGGAAAAGUACUCUAGCAGAGGCCGGAUUACCAAUCCCUACGGAAGCAGGAAGACUUGCCAUCGUUGAUAAAGACUGCCUGCCGUAUGCUGUUCAGUUGAUUUGCGAUCUCUCGUUGAAACAGUUCGCUGCGGUACAAUAAUCUGUAACAUAGCGAGUUUGGCUCCAAAACAUUACCCAAAAAAUCUAAACAAUGGCACAAGCCCCGACAACCACCAACGACGAACUUGUCGCCAAGGUCACUGAGUACGUCAAGGAGUACAUGUCAAAGUACGACGCAUCCCAUGACUUCAACCACAUCAGACGCGUCGUCUCACUCGCCCACCGCAUCUACGCUCAAUCCCCUGCCACGCCGGCCCUGGAUAAGCACACCAUCACCCUCGCCGCUCUCCUGCAUGACGUUGGCGACCGCAAGUACUUGCAGCCCGGCGAAGACGCCUCGACUCUUGUUUCCACCGUCCUCCAGUCUCUCGGCGUCGAUGCCGAACUCGCCGCCCGCGUGCAGGCCAUCUGUCUCGGCGUCAGCUACUCCAGCGAGAUCAAAGAUCCGGCUCGGGUCCGUACGCUGAUCGCUGCGCAUCCGGAGCUGGCGGUCGUGCAGGACGCGGAUCGUCUGGACGCCAUCGGUGCCGUGGGCGUAGGCCGCUGCUUCACCUUUGGUGGCGCAAAGGGCUCGCGGAGCCUGGACGACUCCAUUCUGCACUUCGAGGAGAAGUUGGUCAAGCUUGAGGAAAUGAUGAAGACGGAUGCGGGGCGGGAGCUGGCGCGGGAACGGACGAGGAGAAUCCAGACGUUCAUGGAGUGGUGGCAGGACGAGGCCGGUCCUGUAAGUGCAUGAG